AAAUGUAGGCUGCUAUGCAAAGAGUGUAACUGGUGUUCCGCUCAUUUCCACUCUCACACCAAAACAACAACCUCGUACACAUUCAAUCUCUUCACAACACAAUCCAAAUAACACUCACAUGUUCCAAACAACAACAUAGAUACACUCAAACAUUAACAUGUCAUUGGAUGUUUAUUAAGAAUAUGAUGCAUCUCAAGAAGAAAGUGCAAUCCAAAACCCUUUUCUUCCUUUUUUCAUCCACCAGACUCAGAACAACCUUCCACCCUACACCCAUCACAAGAUUCUCCUCCCAACUCAAUAAAGAUUCGAUUUUGAUCCCACCCACCAAGACUCAUCUCUAUGUUUCAUUCUUCUGCACCCUCGUUCGCCUCUACUUGAAAUGUAGCAGAUUCUGCACCGCCUCUGAUGCUUUCUUUCGCAUGCGUGCCAUUGGUAUUGUUCCUUCUUUGCCUUUCUGGAAUAAGCUUUUGUAUGAAUUCAAUGCCUCUGGUUUGGUUUCUCAGGUAAAAGUUAUGUAUUCUGAUAUGGUGUUUUGUGGGGUUGUGCCUGAUGUUUUCAGUGUUAAUGUUUUUGUUCAUUCGUUAUGUAAAGUUGGUGACUUGGAUUUGGCUUUAGGAUAUCUUAGGAACAAUGAUGUUAUUGAUAAUGUUACAUAUAAUACUGUUAUUUGGGGAUUUUGUCAGAAAGGGUUGGUUGAUCAGGGUUUUGGUUUGUUGUCUGAAAUGGUUAAAAGAGGUUUAUGUGUUGAUUCAAUCACUUGUAAUAUACUAGUUAAGGGUUAUUGUAAAAUUGGAUUGGUUCAGUAUGCUGAGUGGGUUAUGUACAAUUUGGUUGAUGGUGGGGUUUCAAAAGAUGUUAUUGGUUUGAAUACAUUGAUUGAUGGGUAUUGUGAAGCUGGGUUGAUGAGUCAAGCGAUGGAUUUGAAGGAGAAUAGUUGGAAGAGUGGUGUCAAGAUCGAUAUUGUUACUUAUAAUACUUUGCUCAAAGCUUUUUGUAAAAUUGGUGAUUUUACAAGUGCCGAGUCUCUUUUCAAUGAAGUUUUGGGCUUUUGGAAAGACGAAGAUCAGAUGAAAAAUUAUGAUGUUGUAGCUAUGAACGAGAUGAGGAAUUUGUCUCCGACACUUGUCACAUACACAAUAUUAAUUUCUGCAUACUGCAAGUAUCUUGGAGAUGAAGAAUCACGUUCUCUGCAGGAGCAAAUGAUUAAGAAUGGAAUCAUGCCUGAUGUGGUUACUUUUAGUUCUAUUCUUUAUGGACUCUGCAGGGAUGGUAAAUUAACUGAGGCGGCAGUUUUGUUUAGAGAGAUGUAUGAAAUCGGUGUAGAUCCUAAUCAUGUCUCUUACUCGACAUUUAUUAACAAAUUGUUCAAAUCAAGGAGGGUUACGGAAGCUUUAAAUCUUCAAAGCCAAAUGGUUGUUCGGGGCAUUUCUUUUGAUAUAGUUAUGUGUACAACUAUAAUGGAUGGACUUUUCAAAGUUGGGAAAUCUAAAGAAGCCGAGGAAAUGUUUGACACUAUUCUAAAGCUCAAUCUUGUUCCAAACUGUGUCACGUAUUCUGCAUUGAUUGAUGGGUAUUGCAAGUUAGGAGAAAUGGAACUUGCAGAGUUAGUGUUACAAAAAAUGGAGAAGGAACAUGUUCCCCCAACUGUUUUUACCUUUUCUUCUAUUAUAAAUGGAUAUGCUAAAAAAGGAAUGCUUAGUAAAGCAGUUGAUGUGUUAAGGGAGAUGGUUCGAAGGAGUAUUAUGCCAAAUACUGUUGUAUAUGCAAUUUUAAUUGAUGCCUAUUUUAGGGCAGGUGAACAAGACGUUGCUGUUGGCUUCUACAAGGAAAUGGAAUCGCGUGGGUUGGAGGAAAGCAAUGUCAUACUUGAUAUCUUAUUGAACAACUUGAAAAGAGUUGGGAGGAUGGACGAAGCUCCGUUGUUAAUUAAAGAUAUGCACUCCAAGGGUAUCAACCCAGAUAUUUUUAACUAUGCUUCUCUAAUAGAUGGCUACUUUAAAGAAGGAAAUGAGUCAGCCGCAAUUUCCAUUAUCCAGGAAACAAAGAAGAAAACUCGGUUUGAUGUUGUUGCUUACAAUGCUUCGAUUAAGGGUCUUUUGAGGCUGGGGAAAUAUGAACCGCAAUAUGUUUGUUCAAGGAUGAUAGAAUAUGGUUUGGCUCCAGAUUGUGUUACAUAUAACACUAUAAUUAACACACACUGCAUAAAAGGUAACAUAGGAGAUGCUUUGGAUCUCUUGAAGGAGAUGAAGAGCUACAGGAUAAUGCCCAAUGCAGUCACUUAUAACAUUCUGAUUGGCGGGCUUUGCAAAACUGGUGCAAUUGAAAAAGCAAUAGAUGUUUUAAAUCAAAUGUUGGAUAUGGGGUUUGUACCUACCCCAAUUACUCACAAGUUUCUGCUUAAAGCAUCUUCGAGGAGUAAAAGAGCUGAUGCAAUUUUGCAAUAUCACAAGAACCUUGUCGCCAUGGGCCUCAAACUCAGCCUGACUGUUUAUAACACACUAAUCACUGUAUUAUGCAGGUUAGGGAUGACCAGAAAGGCAAAAGUGGUCCUUGAUGAAAUGGUAAAAAGUGGAAUUUCAGCAGAUUAUGUUACUUACAAUGCCCUUAUUCGCGGUUACUGUACAGGAAGUCACGUGGAGAAGGCAUUUAAUACUUAUUCACAGAUGUUGGUUGAUGGAAUUUCUCCAAAUAUUAAUACUUACAAUACCCUUUUAGGAGGUCUUUCUAAUGCUGGUUUCAUGCGAGAGACGGAUAAAAUAGUUAGUGAGAUGAAGGAAAGAGGACUUGUUCCAAAUGCCACUACUUAUGACAUAUUGGUAUCGGGCCAUGGUAGAGUUGGUAACAAAAAAGAUUCUAUAAAACUUUAUUGUGAAAUGAUAACCAAAGGUUUUUUUCCCACUACAGGGACCUAUAAUGUGCUUAUUAGCGAUUUUGCUAAAGCAGGAAAGAUGCGUCAAGCUAGAGAACUUUUUAAUGAGAUGCUGGCAAAAGGAAUAAUUCCUAAUUCUUCAACAUAUGACAUUCUAAUCUGUGGAUGGUGCAAGUUAUCGUAUCAGCCAGAGACGGACCGCACACUUAAACUGUCAUACCGAAACGAGGCGGAAAAAUUGCUGAGAGAAAUGCGUGAAAAGGGACAUAGGCCAUCUAAGAGCACGAUCAUAUUUUGUUUUUGUAUCCCAGGAAAAGAGGCUGAUGCUAGAAAGUGGUUGAAGUUAUUUGCCCAAAAGAAGAAUCCAUGACAAGUGCUCUGAUAAGUAGGUCUUACAUGUCGUACUAGGUCCAAGUGUGAUGAGAAUUUUGUGAGAAAUUUGAGAUGCGGUGGAUCAAUGAUGAACUUUUUCAGCAUGACAGUGGUCAAUUGCUACCAGGAUGGCAAAAAGUAUAUCAUGCAGUGUAAUGAAUUUGAUCAUGUUAUAUACAAUGUUGAUGAGAUAAACACUUAUUCUGAAAUUGUUCUAGCAUUAUCAAACACUCAUCAGGCAAUAUAGGCCAAACUGCUGAUAUUAGCUUUUUGACCUCAUCAACCAUCCUUUUUCUCUAAGGUUGAUGGCUCUAUUUCACCUGAUAGAGCUCUCCACAGAGCCACCAAAGAUUGUCAAUGGAGAUUUAUCAUAGAGAUGAUCGCUUAAGAGUAACUCAUACGCCCCCUAGUUAUCAUUUGUUAUCUGGUGAUGGCAUCAUCCCCUUUGGUAGGUCAUCUUCUAGAGAACUUUUGAAUGAGAUGCUGACAAGAGGAGGAAUUCCUAAUUCUUCAACAUAUGACAUUCUAAUCUGUGGAUGGUGCACAUUAUCGUAUCAGCCAGAGAUGGACGGUACACUUAAACUGUCAUACCAAAAUGAGGCGAAAGAAUUCCUGAGAGAAUUGUUUGAAAAGGGACACGUGCUCAUCUGACAGCACUCUCUUAUUUAUCAGUUCUGAUUUUUGUAUACCAGGAAAAGAAGCGGAUUCUAGAAGGUAUUUGCCCAAAAGAAGAAUUCAUGACAAGGCUCUGAUAGACAGGCAAUGAGGUGAUGUGAAACAGCAGCUACAACGAAUUCUAAGUAGGUCUUAAAUAGGGGUGUACAUGGGUUGGGCAAAUCCGGUCGACCCGGUCAAACCCACCCAAUCCAACCCAAAAAAGUGGGUUGGGUCGGGCAAGUGGGUGGAUAUGGAUUUCAAAAAUGAAAAACCCAUUAAAAAAAUCGGGUUUCGGGUAAAACCGGACCAAACCCAAAAAACCCACUAACCCACUAGUGCUAUGUUUCUUGAAAUUUUUUUAUGAAAAUACUAAAGAUUUUUUCAUUUGAUUAUUAAAUAUUUUUAUAUUGAAAAUGAGUUAUACUAUUUUUUACGAAAAUAAAAAAGAUUGAAUAAUUUUUAUAAACAAAUAUGAUAACUUUUCGCAUUAUUUUUUUAAAAUUUUAAAAAAUUGAAUAAUUUUCAUAAACAAAUAUAGUGAUUAAUGGUUUAGUCAUUUGAUAUUAAAAAAUGCAAAAAAAUCAUUUGGAUAACACGCUAUCCAGCCCGUAAAUUAGUAGAUUUACACAAAAAAAUGGGUGAUUAUUUUUUAUAGUGAAAAAAAGUUACCCUAUUUUUCAAGAAGAUACAUUGAGUUAUUUUUUAUGAGAAAAUAUGAUGAUUCAAUAUUUAGAUUUUUAAUAAAAAAAAAUAGAAAAAUAAUUUGGGUAACCCACAACCCAACCCAAUCCAACCCGGAAAUUAGUGGAUUUACCCAACCCGGCCCAAUGUUAUAACGGGUGGUUAUUUUACUAAACCCAACCCGGAGUACCAUAUGUGGUUUGGGUUUUGGUUUUGGUCAAACCCAACCCAAUCCGGCCCACGUACACCCCUAGUCUUAAAUGUCCUACUAGGUCGAAAUGUGAUGAGGAUUUUGUGAGAAAUUUGAGAUGUGGAUCAACAAUGAAUUUUUGCAGUAUAGCAUUGGUCAAUCGCUAUAAGGAUGGCAAAAGUAUAUCAAGCAGUGUACUAAAUUUGAUCAUGUUAUAUACAGUGUGAAAUUGUUCCAGCGUUCUCAAAUACUCAUCAGGCUAUAUAGGCCAAACUGCUGAUGAGGUUUCAGAGAAAGAACGCAGUUCUGUUAUGCACCGACUUUCAGUGUAAUGCUGAAAAUCUGAUCCAGAAGAUGCAACUGGGGAGGGAGCCUUACAUACUGUACUAGAUGGACAUUGUAUUCACUGACCUAAGCAGUUAACAUUGUUUAAUCACAUUCCAUGAAUAAGUACACUCCUUUGAAGACCAAAAAACAAAAGUGAAAAUUAUGGAGUCAUUGAAUCUGAUCAAUCUAUGUAUGGUGGUGUAAAUGUAAUUUAGUCUUCAUACCCAAAGUUUGUCGACGAACGGAUGGAUACCAUGUUGCUACAGCUGCAGCUUCAUUUUGCAACAGUUUUUACAUUUAUGGCCUUAAAAU